UCUUCAACUGGGAUCUUACACUGACGAGCUUGUCACGGUGAGAACUCAAGAAGAAGGAGUCCAAGGCGCUUUGUGGUAUAGUAUCAGAUUGAUGUAUCUUUGUUGAACUGUGUAAUAAAGUGCUUAUUUGAAGAAACAAUCCAUUGGAGUGCAAAGUCUAGUUUUGUACAGCUAACAGAGAAUAGUGUCUAGUACACAAUUCCUUCUCCCUCAGAACUAAGAAACGGUCAUCGGCAGAUCCGGACAGCGACCCCGCUCUAGCCAUAUCCAAAUGAUCUGCGCGGAGGACGGACCUGGUCCGGUAGACUCCAACAGCUUGGUGACCCCGACGUGAUGGUCUAGAGCAGGUAAUCUGGACACCGAUGACCUUCUGAGAGGACACCAAAAAACAUUGAGUUUACGGCUUUUACAAGAAACCAUCUCACACAAUCAAAAACCCGGGUAACUCAGAAUCAAGGUAAGCAUCUGCCUGUUACAACAAAUAUAUGUGUUUGAAAUACCACUACAUUUUAGGAUUGUGUGAAAAUGGCAGAAAUAAUUGUCUCAGCUAAAAAGUAAAGAUAAAACGUAAAUAAAAUGGUGUGCACUAAAUAGAUCAACAAGGGCAUAAACAAAUCUGUGGUGAGAAGCGGGUGAAACCCGUAAUUUAUGAGGAUCCGCCGCGGUCCAAAGGGAAGGUGUAAAACUGGUCGCCGUACCAGUAGCCAUAGCACAGUGUAAAACUAGGCAAGGCCCUAGUAUCUAAGGAAGGUGUAAACCUGGUCGCCGUACCAGUAGCCAUAGCACAGUGUAAAACUAGGCGAGGCCCUAGUAUCUAAGAAAAGGUAGAAGACUAGCAAAAGACGCUAGCAACCAGAUAAUCUAAUAAAGAAAGAUAAGGAAAAGUAGAAAAUGGAAGGCGAAUUUGCGAGAGAAGAAGCACUAGGCUUCAAAAUCCCAGAUGUACGUCGCGAGGUUUGGAAAGAAUGGGUGGAAGAAGGACAAAAGGAAGUUGAGAAAAAGGAUCACAAAAAAUGGGAAAAAGGGGUAGCAAAAUUGUACCGAAAAUUGACAGAUAAUGGCAUACUGACAGCACACAGACAAAGAACUAAGGAUACAAAAGGAGAGUUGUUAGGAGGGAAAGAUACGAAAGGAAUGUUCAAAAAAGCCACCAAAGGGCUAGAAGAAGAGCUCUGUCGUCACAAGAGCAUAGACCCAGGGCGAUGGUCACUCAAAAAGAAAGCACACCAAAACCAACAAGAAAAACUAGAACAACUAAUUAGUACCUCAUAUGCCAUGGUCUCAGCCGCUGGCCGCCUGGAAGAAACAAAUAAAACCACCCCGGCCACACAAGCCCCCCUAGUAGCCGCGCCAGUAGCAGCACCGGCAGUAAAAACCCCCGCAGUAGCAGAACCCCCAAAACCAGCAGAACCCAUAAUCAACCAAGAGAAACACACGGCCGCCACCGCCCCAGCUCUCCUGUACCCCGAGCUCCCUAGAGAACAGCAUGAGGUGCCACCCCCGUAUAGCCCAGCCAACCCCUUCAGCCAGGCAGUGCUGCACCCUAUGAGGGCUGGACCCACCGACGGGUAUUACCAAAUAGAGGGAAAAGUCUUAUUAAACCAAACAUCCCCACCUUUGACCAGAGCAGGGGUACAAGGACCGUCCCCAGAUAGGAGAUACCAAGAUACCCCAUACCCUAGACAGGAACACAGCAAAGAAAGGGGAGGGGGAGCUAAAACAAGCGAGCAUGAAGACACAGAUACUCCCCGAAGAAAUGAAGGUAGGGCGUUAGCCGAGGCGAAUUUAGAGGCCGAGUUAGCACAAAGAAACAGAGAAAGGGCAUAGGAACAUGACUGCCAAACUAGAAUGGGACUCAGACUCAGAACACGCUUUCAUAACUCUCAAGCAAGAUAUGUCUACAGUAUGCGCACUGGCCUCAGCAGACUAUCAACACCCCUUCUUCUUGGAUGUUUCUGAAAAAGAAAACACCGUAAACGGCGUACUUUUCCAGAAAAAGGGGGAUCAGAGUCCAGGCAGAAAAAUGUUGCUGUAUGCUAGCGUAGCACUAGAUGCAGCAGAGGCAAAAGAACCCCCAUGCAUCAGACAUGCAGCUGGAGUGGCUAGAGUACUAAGGAAAAUCCAACACAUAGUGAUGAGACACCCACUCACAGUGCUCACAAGCCAUAGCAUUGUAGCCCUAGUCAACUCAGCGGCCUUCACCAUGACAUCAGCAAGACAGACCAGGUUAGAAAAGUCUCUGACACAGCCACACAUAACCUACACACAUGAAGGCACCAACAUGGCAGACUACUUACCAGGAGAAGGAGUCCCACACAGGUGUGAGGAAAAAGUAGUACAGGAUGUAAAAAUACGCCCAGACAUGCAGGAAACGCCAGUAACAGGGGCAAGAGACAUGUUCACUGACGGAUGUUGUUACAGACACCCACAGGACGGCCUAAAAGGGGCCUACGCUGUGGUAGGACGAAGUAAUGAGACAGGACUUUUUGAAAACAUUGACUGCUCCCCCAUCAAAGGAAAAGUGUCAGCUCAACUAGCUGAACUAAAGGGCGUAAUCGCCGCUUUGAACCAAGGAAUAGAUCAAGACAUCAAUGUGUACACAGACUCAGCAUACGUACACGGGGUAGUGCACCACGACCUAAAAAGAUGGCUCAGGGCAGGAUUCGUAACUAGUACAGGAACACCAGUGAAACACUAUCACGAAAUCAAGGCGUUAGAGGAGGCUAUCAUGAAACCCAACAGAGUAGCUGUAAUCAAAUGCAAAGGACACACCAAAACCACAGGGUACCUAACCGAUGGAAACACUGCCGCCGAUCUGGCCGCCAAGCAGGCAGCCGGAUACGAAGCCACAUUCUCACAAAUGGUUGUACGGGCUCCCCAAGAAGGAAUACUAGAAGCCAGAACAGAUGAGGAGUUGGCUAAAGAACAAUCUAAAGCUUCCCCGCAAGAACUAACGGCCUGGAGAAACAAAGGGGCAAGAAAGGGAGCAAAUGACAUUUGGUACUCCCCAGACGGGAGGCCAGUGAUCCCACCAGGGUGGGUAAGACCUAUGAUGAAGGAAGCACACUCAAUGGCACACGUAGGAAAGAACCAAAUGGUUAGGGCCCUGACCCAUUGGUGGCACCCUUACCUACCAGAUUUAAUAGCUAAUCAUCUUGAAGAAUGCAGUAUUUGUGGACGCUACAAUGUGAGGGCCACCAUCAAACCACAUGAGGGAAAGUUUCCUGCAGUAACAAUGGCAGGGGAGGAGAUAGUCAUAGACUAUACAGACAUGAUAGACAGACACAGGGGAAAGAGGUACAUACUCAUGGUUGUGGAUGCCUACACAGGGUGGCCAGAAGCCAUCCCCUGUGCAAAAGAAGACAGCCAGUCUGUAAUCAACUUCCUGGUACAAACCUACAUUCCAAGACACGGGUUCCCCAAAAAGAUUCGCAGUGACAAUGGAAGCCACUUCAAAAAUCACGAUUUAGCGGUGGUGGAAGCCUCUCUUGGGCUAACCCACAGAUUUGGAGCAGUGUAUCAUCCACAAUCACAGGGAAAGGUUGAGAGAAUGAACUUAAAUCUAAAACAGAAACUAGCAAAGGCGAUGGAAGAAACAGGAAUGACAUGGUUGGAGGCACUACCUCUCGCCCUAUUGGCUAUCAGGAGUUCCAUUUGCAGGACCACUGGGUUCACUCCAUAUGAAAUGACUCAUGGGCACCAGUUUCCAGGCCCAGGGGCGGGAGCCACGGUUUCAAAGGAACUGUAUGACAAAGUGGGGCACCAGGCCUACUAUGAACAACUAAAAUGCCUCGUUGCAGAGUUCGCGGACGAAUCCACAGCAGCCAGAGCCAAAGGACACACAGAGGAAGCUGAGGGCAGCAGGGACGCUGAAUACGUCCGCCUGAAGACGUCCGCCUGAAGACGAUCAAACCCAAGUGGUGUGCUCCAAGGUUCUCUGAACCACUCAAGGUAACCCAGCGAACAGAUCAUGCAGUCAGAGUAGACGGAAAAGGAGACACGUGGUACCACUGGAGCAGGUGUGUGGAAGCACCAGCACCUACCAGGACCCUCGCUGACACCAUCCAGGACCUAGGCCAACUGAACAUCAGGCAAACAACCGAAGCCCCCCAACCCCCAAGUGUGGACAUCGACUCCACUUCCGAGGAGGAGGAGACAACAGGGGAACCAACGGCAGCCCAGGAGAUAACAGCCGGCGAGGAGGCACAACAAGGGACCGCUCCCCCAAAGUAGGCGGUACACCACACGCAUCACAUACACACACAAGAGACACUCACCUACACUGAUACACCAAAUAACUUUUACAAGAAAAACAAAGAUGAAGAAGAACUCAGGACCUAACCAACACCUCUAUUGCUUGGCCUUAACACUGUGUUUUUUCAUUAUUGUUGGAAUAAUCAUUAUCAUAGUGGGUGAAAGGGGGAGGCAAAUCAUUGACCAAAGUAAUAAUCCAAAUUCCCCACAAAAUAAAACUACACAAGAUACCUUUUCUCCUCCAAAAAACAGCCUAACUAGACACGUCCGCAAUGUGGCCGGCACAGUAGAUACGACAAAUUUCACCCAAUGUAACCAGAAAGAUGCAUUGAGACACAUCUCGCUGACACUUUGCCUACCCUCGGACUCAAGUACCACUACCCUCAUCCCGUACACCAGUUUGUCAAACGAACUCAACCAAAAAGGAGGGUCGUGGGGAAAAAAAUACCAAUGGUACAUGACGCUAGACUUUUGGUUCGGAAAAGGCGAUCCCAAUGAAAGAUAUAGCUAUGGUCGAGCGUGGACCGACUUGGUGGGAGAGACAGGGGCGGAUUGGAGUUCAUCGUCAACAGGAACAGCGAAAAAAGUAAGGCAAAGAGUUCACCUGGCAAAAUCCUCAUCUGGCCUCGUAGUACAGUUAGACUUAACGGGGGUACCCCAACCCAAGAAAGAUGAACCCCCUUGCGCAUCCUUUUAUCUAUGGCCCAAGACAUCGCCAAGCCCCCAAUUCUCUAUAUACGUAUGCAUGUCCAGUCGCAUUAAAAGACCACAAUCUGACAUAGUAUCCGUCCAAAAGGGGGUGGUGAUCCACUCCACUAAGGAGUGGACAACUGAUCAAGAGUUCCAAGCAGCAACUGGAAUCUCGGGACACACAGCAAACAGCAACAACUGGUUACUGAUGGCACAACAAGCCGCGCUAGACACAGGCGAUGACUGCCUCGUUUGUAUGGGAGCCAGACCCCUGCUCCACAUAAUUCCUGCCCCGGUAGAACCAAGGUGUGCCACUGAAAUAAUGGGGACAGACAACCCUCAACACAAUUGCUCUAAAUACGACGUUUACUUCCCUUUAGCCAACGCGGAAUUAAAAAAGCCCUUAUUCUUUGCAAAAGUUCCGAGGUUGAAUUACACCUGUUUCCACACCACAAUCAGAAACACCGGGGGGUUUAACAAAACUCUCUGCGACCACAUAGUGACACCAACUACACCUGGACGUGGUGUAAUCCGAGCAGACAUAUGGUUCUACUGCGGUGGCAACCAACUCCACGAUCGCGUCCCAUAUAAUGCCAGUGGUCUAUGUGCACUGGUCACUUUGCUUCUACCAGUGAAAACCUACAAAUUAAAAGUAGGGGACAUAACAAACCUGGCAGAACAAUACCCCUAUCAUACUACGAACAGAGUCGAACGCGAAGCCAUGAUUGACCCAGAUCCAACGUACAUAGACGCAAUAGGGGUACCACGGGGCGUACCAAGUGACUACAAAAUAGCCGAUCAAGUAGCGGACGGCUUCACAUCCAUCAUCUGCCCCUAGUGUGUCAUCAAUAAAAACUCAGACCGCAUCAAUUACAUUAAUUAUAAUAUCCAACGCCUAGGAAACCUCACACAUGCCGGACUCAAGGCAGUUAGUGAGCAAUUGAAAGCCACAUCACUCAUGGCCUAUCAAAACAGAAUGGCCCUAGACAUGCUCCUAGCAGAAAAAGGCGGAGUAUGUGCAAUGUUCGGAGAGCAAUGCUGCACCUUCAUUCCCAACAACACCGCUGCAGAUGGCACUCUACAAAUAGCACUGGACGGUCUGAAAACCCUCAACUCCCGCAUGAAAGAUCAAUCUGGUAUCGACGGUAAAUGGGACGAAUGGAUGUCAGUGUUCGGUAAAUACAAAACCCUGGUCACCUCAGUAUUGGUAUCAAUGGCCGUGUUUGCAGCAAUUUUGACCUUGUGCGGGUGCUGCUGCAUCCCAUGUAUCCGCUCAAUGGUGGACAAAAUAAUUAGUACCGCCAUAGCACCUUCUACUCCCCUGGGCCAACAACUCGCCUUGCUAUCCUUAGAAAACAACCCAGACAUUGAAGAAGGCGAAGAAGAAGCGGCAGCAAUGGACACUUUCCCGACAGCACCACCAGUACCACCGUAUGGCAGAAUGUGGGAAAGAGAGACAGAAGCCUAAAACAGCUGACAUAAAUGUACAUAAACAAUAGCGUUGUUUUGUUGCCCCAAUCAUUAGAAUGGGGCAAAAGGGGGAUUGAAGGAUAAAGAUAAGGCAAAUGUGGCAGUGAAUAUAAGAUAUAGUGGGCCUAUCAUGGAAAAGCUAAGACAUUGAGCUGUCUGAGUGGAAAAGUACAGUACUGUGUUAAAGUCCAACUGCUGAGAAGCCUCAGUGGAAAUAUACUAUGUGAAUACUGUGUGCAAAAAAAACGCGGGGUCAACCAGAUUAAGAACAGAGGCAUCCUGUUAUGUCCAAACUGAUAAGCCACAAGGUUGCAGAACUCAUUAUUCUCACACUAAAUCACCCACCAAGCAGGCGCAACAGUUCACAAGGGCAGUCUUGUGAGUGAAACCAGAUAAGGAAGUGAGUGAAAGCAAAUAAGGAAGUAACAAAAGCGUGCCGAAGGCUAACCUAAGAGUUGCUAGGGUAGCAAUGGCAGAUUACACCACAAGAAAGCAGCGAAGGUGGGGGCUCCGCUAGGAACAGUAUAUAAGCAGGAUGUAUUCAGUACUCGAGGCUCUCUUCAACUGGGAUCUUACACUGACGAGCUUGUCACGGUGAGAACUCAAGAAGAAGGAGUCCAAGGCGCUUUGUGGUAUAGUAUCAGAUUGAUGUAUCUUUGUUGAACUGUGUAAUAAAGUGCUUAUUUGAAGAAACAAUC